AUGGCUUACUCCGAUGAUGCUGUCAAGGCCAAGCUGGCUGCCCUGAAUGAGACUCAGGACAGCAUCGUGACUGUCGCUCAAUGGAUCAUGUUCCACCGCCGUCACGCCGACCGUACCGCUUCACUCUGGCUCAAUCGUCUCCAGGAGAGCCCAAGCACUUCCAAGCGACUCAACCUCGUCUACCUCGCCAACGAAGUUGUGCAACAGUCGCGUGCCCGCUCGAAAACCGACUUCUUGGUCGCGUUCGAACCGAUUAUCGCAGAAGCUACCUCCCUCGCCUACAAGGGUGCCAGCCCGGAUGUUCAAGGAAAGCUCCGGAGGGUCAUUGAAGUAUGGCGCGAGAGACGCAUCUUCGACCCGCAGAUCCAAUCGAACAUCGAGAAGCAACUCGACGAGAUCGACAAGCAAAAGGGAGGAAAGAGUCUGGGUGGAGGAGGUGGAAGACUAGGAGGCAGCCUCUUUGGUGGCAGUGGCGCAGGCGUCGCUCCAGAACUUGAAGCUCUGAACAAGAGUCAGCUGGCUUUGAGUAAAGCUGAGCUGGCGAGCAAGACCCCAGUGAACACGGCGAACGGCGAGUACGCGAAGAUGACCGACCCGAAUACACCAGUCCCCUCAGCACCUGUGAGAGCGGCGAAGCUAAGAGGUCUGGUGAAGGACCUGAUGGCGGCGGAGGGUGCUGUAGAAGCAAGCAUCAGAGCACGAAAUGAAUUGAUUGCAGGAUUGGAGAAGCUUGUGGAGAGCCACCGCGCGAAGGCGGCUGAGGAGCGAACAACGGCAUUGGAGCUUCGGUCGAAGAUUGACAGCAUGGAGACGACGAUCAGAGAGGUAGAGGACAGUAUCAUGCGAGGCGCAGAUGCUCCUCCAUCAAAUGGAACUCCGAAUGGCAUGUCGGAGCCACCACGCCCCGAGACUGAAGGCUUCACGCCGCCACCACCGGACGUCGAAGAAUUCACCCCACCACCUCAAGGAGAGCCUCCUAUCACUGGAGAUGACGGUCUUAUCGGAGACGGCACGUUUGCAGAUGGGGCGUACUCGAGCACUACAGGCGCCGACUACAUGCAAGAACAACCGCCAAGCCAGAACGAACCUCCACCAGCAUUCGUCCCACCGCCUGCCAUGCCCGAUGCGAGCGCUCAGGCUAGUGCCGAAGACUUUCUCAAGACUCUGAUGUCCGGCCAAGGUCAGAUACGGCAGGCUUCAGGUGAGAUUCCUUCAUCUUCAUCACGAGGCAACCCAGGAGACCCGCGCCUGAAAAGGAGAAAGCUGAGCCACAACGUCGAUGAUGAGAUCUUUGGUGCAGGUGUUGGAGGUGUCGAUGAGGAGGGUAUCAGUGCUAUGCUUGGAGGGCAGUAG